UUACUUAUAGGGACAAAAUCUAAAGUCAGUUUGUUCAGCCCAACGUGCUCUGUCCUCUCUGAUUGGACUAAACAGAAGGUCAAUAAUCCAGUGAGUCCGGACCAUUAGUGGAGACUAACUCACUGAAGAACCCUAUAGAUGAUCCAGAGUCAGAGAGGCUUUGAACCUUCACCACAAAUGGUUGGUUUAACUCUUGAACAUGUUGUGUUGUGACAUCCUGAUUGGAUCAACGGUGUUCUGUUAGCACAGCUCUGACAAACGUUGAAGUUGUGUGUGAGACACAGGACCCUGGUUGGACACGUCGUCCUCAGGUUCUGACAAAGUUUUUAUCACAACAGUCUUUGGUUUUGAAGGUCAAACUCAAAUUAAGGUGAGAUGUCUCCUCAUGUUGGUCCACUGCUGCUGCUGCUGUUCUUCUGUAUGUUCGGGGCGUCCCACAGCUGCCUGGAGGACCGGGCCUCAGCUUACAGGUUCACCGGCGCCGUCUGUCGCCUCACCUACCCUGCUGCGGUGGUCUUAAAUGAGAAAACCACCAAAGUCAUCGAGGCGGCGUUUCAACACGCACGCUACCCAAACAUGAAAGGAGAGAAAUCACUGGCGUUUAUCGGAAAACUGACGUAUGGACUGGAAAAUCUGGAGAUCCAUAACCUGACCAUCGGUCGCAGCUCGUUCGCCCUGCGAGCAGGCGUCGGCAUCGACAUGGAGAUCAGCAACGUGUCUGCAUUUUUCAAAGGGACGCUGCAGUACGGCUACGGCAGCUGGCUCAUCGAUGUCGAAAAUUCACUGGACUUCGAGGUCGAGUCUCAGAUCGAUCUGGGAAUUAACCCCAAACUCUACUGCGGUCACGGAAAAGUUGCGGCUGACACGUCUGACUGUUACCUUAACUUUCACAAGCUCCGCCUCCACCUGCAGGGCGACAGAGAACCAAACUGGCUGAAGAAGCUCUUCACCGACAUCAUCACCUUCACUGUCAAACUACUGGUCAAAAGCCAGAUUUGUAAGGAGAUCAACAAGCUGGCAAAUAUCCUGGCUGACUUCAUACAAGACACCGCAGAGCAGUUCUUAGGUGACGGAGACAUCAGUAUGGACAUCGGUGUCACUGCUGCUCCCGUCAUCACCGCCAACUACGUGGAAUCUUACCACAAGGGACUGACUCAGUACCAGAACAGCUCCGCUCUCAUCACGGACUCUGUCUUUCAUCCCAGUCAGCUGACUGAAGACCGGAUGUUGUACUUCUGGCUCUCAGACCAGGUCUUUAACCCCAUGGUCGCUGCCGCUCACGAAGACGGACGCUUUCAGCUCAACAUCUCUGCAGCGGAGCUCAGGGAACUUUUUAACACCAGUCUCUCCAGUCGAACACCAGGGGUCAUCAGAGAGUGUUUCUCUGAGUCUCCACAGCUCUCAGUGUGGAGUUCUUCUCUUCCGUUCCUCAACACUUCUUCCUCAGGAACCAGAGUGUGGGCGGAGGUUUCUGGUCAACUGACCUGUGAUCGGGAUCAAAUGACCCCAGUGCUCUUUUUUCAGGCGCACACGAGCACAGAUGUCCGAGCCUCCUACUCUGAUAAGAAACUUUUCCUGCAUGGAAUUCCAACAGAGAUUUUUGUGACUGGAGCUGAUCUGCCGUCAACCAACAACACAGUGAUCAAUAAAGAGGAAGUGGAGUUUAUCAGGGAAGCUGUCGAAAAGAUCGGGAUUCCAAAAGUUUUGUCUGUUCUGGAGCAGGAAGUGACCAGACUUCUGGACAAACAGGGAGCCAAUCUAUUUGACAUCAUUAACCCUGAAGUUAUUCCUCGUGACGGUUUCGUGCUGAUUCAGAUGGACUUUGGUUUCCCUCACCACCUCCUGGUCCAGUUCCUGAAGAGGACGCUGCAGUAAAGGAAAAGACGACACACUGACCAAAGACUUUUUAGAAGCUGUCAUAUUUUAAUAAAACAAUAUAUUCAGUCAUAUUUUUUUCAGACAAGA